AACAGCCUAACCGUUGGUAAGAACAAUCAGACGCCAACCCCUAAAAAGAGCCUCGAAGUAGCUGUCCACUUGGCACCACUGGCUGAUGAAGAGGCCAUAAUGUCUCACCUUGACCUCUUCUGCAACAGGGUCCGACAAGCUCUAGAAGUCAUUCAAACCAUGGCACAGUUGAAUAAGUUAAGUAAGAGUAUUGUAGGAAUUCCUAGACCAAAGAGAGAAGAACUGAUAAUAGAGGAAGUCCAGGAACCUUUUUAUAAACAGAGAAAACCAAAAGAGCCACUCAUUGAAGUGCAAGAGAAAGAAGAGAAGACUACUUUAGAGCUUGAUGACAUACAGAACCAAGAGGCAGAUACUGAUCAAAGUCUCCAGGCUAUAGUGGAAGGGGAUGAGCUUGCAAAAAGUGAGAUUCUAGAAGAGGAACCAGAAGUACCAGUGCAUGAAACUGUGGACAGGAAGCCAAUUAAGUUCUCUGUCGAGUCGGAUGAAAAUAAGAAGAAACCUUUGACGGAGGAAGAGUUGUCAAUACUCAAAUUGCAUUAUCCAGACUGUGACUCCACUGAGCAUGAUGACAUUGAAGGUCCAAAUGUUUCCACUAUUGUAGAACAAUGCAUGGACAACAUGAAUGCUGCUAUGAAGCAUUAUGUCAAUACAAAAACACUUCUAGAUGUGGAAUCCAAGGAUAAAGAAAAAUUUGACGUCUGCUUCAAUACAUUUCAAUCUGAAGUGCAGUCCCUUGAAAAGUUCAUUGCUGCCUACCUUCAUGUUAUAUUUAUGAGAAAAUUGACAACACAGCAAGGCCUUGAUAUCUUAACCAAGUUUGCACCAAUCGCCUCUCGCACAGGCUUGAAGGGAAUUAUUUCAGAAAAGUAUGUUGAGAUCUUCAGUGUCUAUGAGAAGGACUUGGAUGAAGUACAAAUAACUUAUGAGAAAUACAAGACUAAACCAAUUUUGAUGAGGAAUGCACCUCCUGUUGCCGGGGCCAUAUUUUGGUCCAGGCAACUUCUCAAGAGGAUAGAAGACCCAAUGCGAAUUUUCAGGGACAUCAAAGCUGUAACAUCCUUAGCAGACUAUGGCAGCCAGGUUCGUACGUAUAAUAAACUGGCUACAGCUUUAGUGACUUUUGAGAGCCUCUGGUUCACCCAAUGGAAGAACAACAUUGAACAGGCUCGUAGCGGACUGAAAGCUACUCUUUUUGUUUUGCACCCUGUCACUGGAGACAUUAUUGUCAAUGCUGAUGAAAGAAUUCUAGAACUUAUCCAUGAAGCCAAGUGGAUGACAAGACUUGAUAUCCAGAUUCCUGAGUCAGCUUUUUCUGUUGUCAUGCAAGAAGCCAGGUUUAAAGGCUAUAAAAGUCACUUGGAGCUGGUUUUGAGUGAUUUUAGGGUGGUGUGUCAAGAUAUACCUAGCCCUCUGAUGAAACUGUUCAGACCUCACAUUUUGAAUGUACAGCAGCAGUUACAGCCUGGAUUGAAUUCACUAGCCUGGAACAGCAUGAACAUUGAUGCAUUCCUUCAUCAAGUCCACUUAGCUCUAGACAAACUGAAGUCCCUCAAUGACAGAGUCCAUCAAGUUUUGAAGGAUCAAGUGUUCGCCAUGAUCUCUCACAUUGACAAUUUAUUCUUGUUUGACCUCGACACUGCCUUCUCUCAAAUAUGGCAUGUUGAAGAGUUCACUGCCACUAUACGGGAAAGUAUAAAAGAGAGAUCUGCUCUCCUAAAGCAGUAUGUGGACACUAUAGUAGAUGGAUUACAAUCUAUUGCCAAUUUUCUGACCGCUAAAAAGCACAAACGUAAGCAACAAGAAACAAAGUUUCCAUUGAAAGAUAAAAAACUGCAAUUGAUGUUGAGUGAAACUGAUCAUGAGAAGGAAAGACAAGAGGCAGCCAGUGAGCAGGCCAACGUCUUGGAAUUUAUAACCCACUUCAAGGAACAAGUGUUUAAAGCAGUUCUAGCAGUCACCACCAAGACUCUGGCAUGUCUGGCAGAUGCAGCUGGGUGUACAGGGGAGGUAAUCAGAGCCUUCACCCCAACGUCAAACGUUGACUCUGAGAGUGAUUUCAGUUCACCAUCGCCAAGGCCACAUCAAGGACACUAUUUUAGCAGCCCUGACGCUAGUAGAGGUGUUUCUGCUCAGAGUGGAGGUAGACAGUCACAGGUGUCCAACAGACCUGCCAGUAAUGUCACCAACUUGUCAGAACUUACCUGGACACAUGGCUUAAGUCCAGACACUAAAACAUUAUUACAGUUUGAAGUUGAAGUGAAAUUCUCGAUACCAAACAUCAUUGUGGAGCCAACACUAGAUAUUGUACAGAAGGCCAUCACUGAUGCAGCCAAUGCUAUCCUAGAGGCCAACAAUGAUAUUUUCUGGAUGAAUGAGUCCAACUCUACAUCCUUUAGCAACAGAGUCAAGACUGAUUCCAAUGUUCAAGAUUUGUUUGCUCAACUCACAACAGUUAUUGAAGACCUGGACAGACCUGUUAGUCAACAUCUGCUUCACUUCAGCUACUACAACUUCCUGUGGAAAGACGACAUGCAUGGAAACUUCAAUGAGUUUAUCUCGGCUGCUCCAGGCACUAUUGCCAUCAAAAGAGAGGUGGAACGCUAUGUUAGUCUUGAGAAAAAAGUUUUAAGUAUUCCAGGUAUAUUGCCAGUUGGUCCAAUCAGCUUGUUUUCAGAUCCAAUAAAAGACAGUCUUCAUGGUUUUUCUAUUGCAUGGAAAACGAAAUUUGCAUCAGUGGUGCAUGAAGAAGCAAAGAAAAAUUUGGACAGUGCAGUCUUGUACAGAAGUAAUGUAAGAUCAAAGCUGGAGCAACAUGUGCAGACAUUGGACCAAUUAAACUCUGUUCUCAGAUUGCUAGAAGAGCUAAGAGACAUGGAGAACAAAAUUGACGGGAUUUAUCUCCCCAUUGAGUUGAUGUAUUCCAAACUCAGAGAGUUUGAACUGAGGUUGCCCAGAGAUGAGGUAGAAGAAGUUGACAGCUUGAGGGACAAGUGGGCGGAGCUUCUAGAGCUGGCUGACAAUGUCAGGAAUGUACUUUUGAAAGAAAGAAGAGGAGCCUUUGAACAGGAGUUGGAUAAACAAGUCAAGACAUUUGUUGUUGAGGUCAUCCAGUUUCGCAAUGCUUUUGAUGCCCAAGGACCAUCAGUGCCUGGCAUUCAGCCAUCAGAGGCGGUGUCAAGACUUCAUGACUUCCAGCACAGGUACAGAGUCUAUGACGACAAGCGCAAGACUCUGGACUCGGUGUCCAAGCUCUUCAGCAUAGCCUGCAAGCCUUUCCCAGAGCUGGACAAGACAGGGGAAGAGUUGGAUCUGCUGAGUCAGCUCUACGGACUGUUCCAGAAGUUUAUACGCUUUGACAACAAGUUUAGAGAAACACUUUGGGCAGAUGUUGACCUUGAAGGAUCAUCAGUUGAGGUUGAAGGCUACUGGGAUGAGUGUCUAGCUCUACCUAGCAAAUUGAAAGACUGGGAUGCAUACAAUGAUCUGAAAGCAAAACUACAAAUGUACCUGGAGGUUUUCCCACUGCUACAGAAACUUGCCUCAAAGGGGCAUAAUAGAUUUAACCUCAACGAAAUCAGAAAUCGCCAUUGGCUGGAAGUCAUGCAUGUGACACAUAGCUCAUUUCAACUAGAAGCUAAUAUCUUUAAACUCUGCCAUCUUCUUGAUAUUGGACUUAUCAAGCACAAAGCAGAAGUAGAGGAAAUAUGUAAAGGUGCCAGCAGAGAACUGGAGCUGGAAAUUAAAAUGAGGCUGACAGAAGAAGAAUGGACAGAGCAGGUUUUAAAUUUCCAACAUUACAAAAAAAGAGGCCCUAUGUAUUUAGACAAAGCUUUUACUGAGAGAUUGUUGGAACAGCUUGAAGAUGCAGAGGCUCUCCUGGCCACCAUGUUGACAUCCAGAUAUAUUGGUCCCUUAAGAGAUGAAGCAGCAUCUUGGGCAGAGAAACUAAAGGAAGUGGCAGAAGUUCUAGAGCUGUGGUUGGAAGUUCAAGAUUUGUGGCAGUAUUUAGAAGCUGUCUUCAGUAACUCUUUAGCUGUCAGAGAACUGCCACAAGAAGCCAAAAGAUUUGCAAGAAUCGACAAAGGCUGGACAAAAAUGAUGAAAAGAGCAUUUGAUACACGUAAUGUCUUACAGUGUUGCUAUGGGGGAGAGGUCCCUAAGGCUGUUGUUCUCCGACACAUACAUGAAGAGCUGGAGAUAUGCUUCAAAAGUUUGGUAGGAUACUUGGACAACAAACGACGAGCCUUCCCCCGAUUCUACUUUGUGUCUGACCCAAUUCUUCUAGCCGUGCUGAGUCAUCCCAAUGAUCUGGAAUCUGUAAAACCACAUUUAAAGUCUUUCUUUAGUGCAAUCUCUGAUGUGAAAUUAGAAAAAGCAGAUGACCGUGACCUUGAGGACAGUGAUCAUGACACAGAAACCCGAAGUGUUCAGCACCACAGAACUAGGCGCACACAUGCUCAUGGAGGCUCACCACGAGACAGGGGCUCCAGUACACUGUCUGCCUUAACCCGCAGCACUACUCCACCAAAGAUAGACAAGAGACUUCACCAAGUUUAUAACAUCAAUCCAAAUGUAAUGCAACAUGUGCCCAGCAUGCUGCCCUCUGAAGGUCUGGUGGAUGACAUCCUAAUGAUGGAUGCCACAGCCGUGCUCAGUGCAGAUGGAGAAAUGCUACACCUUGCAAACAAGGUGUCCAUCACAGAAGGAGUAGAAGUAUGGAUUAGUAAAUUGAGAGACUCUGUUGGAGACACACUUCACAGACUCAAUCAGGCCAUCAUCACUGAUUGUAAGAAUGGCAUUGGACUUGAAGAGUGGCCCCUUAAGUAUCCAUCUCAAGUGUGUAGAACUGGCAUGUUGUACCACUGGACAGCUGAAUGUGAACUGGCCAUUGCUGAUAUAAAGUAUGACAGGAAAGCUCUGCAGUUGGCCCUCAGGAAGUACACCAUGGCGACAAGUAAACUGGCCACUGUCUUGCAGAGAGGGUCGUGGAGGCUGCCUGAUAAGUCCAUGAAGACCAAGCACAGAGUUCGUCUUGAAGCAAUGAUCACACAAUCCACUUACUUGAAGGACAUCUUGGAGAAUAUGUGCCAUAGAAAACUGAGAGAAACAACAGACUUUGAAUGGCGACGUAGUCUCCGCUGUUACCUCCAGCCUGAUCCAACUCUAGCCUUACAACAGCCAGUGCCAUCAGCCUCUACAGAUAGAAGCAGACAAACAACACCUGAGCUGGAGCCAUCAAUAGAGGAAGGUGGUGAAUCCAAACCAGUGCCUCGAAUCUGGAUACUUGAUUCUCAUUAUGAAUAUGGAACUGAGUUUUAUGGCACAGAUCCAGGCGUGUCUCCAACACCAGUCACUGAAAAAUGUUUCCUGACAAUGUCCUUAGCACUGAAACAGAUAAUGGGCUCCCUGCUAGUGGGCCCUGGAGGAGUUGGCAAGACAGAAACUAUCAAGGGUCUAGCCAAUAUUUUAGGAAAUUUUCUGGGGUUAUUUCCUUUGUCAAAAGAUCAGGAACCAGUCAGUCUUGGUAAAAUAAUACAAGGGCUAGCAAUGGAUGGCUGCUGGGGAUGUCUGAAAGAAAGCCAAACCUUGAAUCAGUUUGCUCUGUCUGUUCUGUUGGAUUAUGUACAAUCUGUGUUUGCAGCACUUAAAGCCAAACAGACGUAUAUGAAUCUAGGAGAUGGUUCCGAGAUACCACUACGUAACUCUGUUGGAAUUUUCCUGAGUAUGGACAUGAGCAUUGUCCCCAACAUGAAACUUCCUAGUGACAUCACUGAAGCGUUUAGAGUCAUCUCCAUGUUGCAGCCAGACACAGCCAUGUUGCUGAGAGCUAGAUGCGCAGCCAUGGGAUUCAAGGCUCCAAAUGUUCUGGCCAAUAGGCUGAAGCUACUUACAGAACUGGUCAAAGAUCAAUUACCACCAGACGCUCAGCACAACUUUUCAGUGCCUGCACUGAUUGGAAUUCUGAAACGUGCCAGUCAGAAGAGAAAGAAAGAUAAGGAUGACAAACUGGCAGAGAAGAACAACCUUAAAGAUGACAUGUCCAGAUCUGAAAGCCAAAACUCUGAUCCAUUAACUAGCAGGAUCAACCAGUCAGGAGCACUGAACAAAGCCAGUCUCAUGAGCCUGAGAAAAUCUGGCACAGUGAAUGCAUUGACUCUACCAGCCAAACAGGAACAUGCCAUGGUGUGUGACAUCAUUGAGGAAAUAAUAGCCCCAAGAUUGAUGACUGAGAACCAAGCUCUUUUCAAGAAUAUUCUCAAAGAUUGUUUUGCUGGUUUGCCCAACUCAGAAGGGCAGGGAGGAAAGUCUGCAGGCAAAAUUAGACAGCUUGGUUCAGGCAAGCCAGGAACUCUUCUGAAACUAGAUACUAAUGCUCACGAGCUGGAGCCAUUUUUGGAGCAAAAAGCAGUUGAUGCUGGUUUGAUUCCACACAAACCUUUGAUUGCUAAAUGUGAACAACUGUAUUUACUGUCACAGAUUUAUAAUGGUGUUAUUGUAGCUGGACCGCCAGGCACUGGGAAGUCUACAUGUAUCCAACUCAUGGUGGACGCACUUUGUGCCCGAAACUUGUCCAUCUCAGACAGCAGCAGCAGCAUGCACAAACUUCUGAGCAUCAAUCCCCUGGUGGUGGACAACACAGCCCUGAUGUUUGGCUAUCUGGGCAGCAACAAUGAAUGGGUGGACAGUAUAUUUACACAUGCCAUUCGGAAGUCUAACCGGAACAUCAGUACCACUUGGAUUUGCUUGAAUGGAAACUUAAAUGAAUCAUGGGCAGAUAAUUUGAACAGUUUUCUUGCAGGAGAGAGAGUUCUCCCAUUGAAGAAUGGAGAUAAACUUUUCUUGUCUGAGAACAUCAUGUUGUUGUUUGAAACAGAUGACUUGGCCCUGGCUUCUCCUGCCACUGUCUCCAGCUGUGGAAUCCUUUACCUGGACAAGGAUAUUGUAAGUUGGCAGCCAAUCGUCAAGUCUUGGCUUGAUACAAGGUCACAGCUAGAAGUACAUGUAUUGCAAAGAGCUUUCCAGAAAACACUGGAUCCUGUUAUAAAUUUUGUUUUCUCAGAGACAAAACCCAGUCUCCAGUUGAGUGAGGUAGGAAUGUUACACUCAUGUUUGGCUCUCCUGUCAGCCAUGUUGGCAGACAACAUUGAGGUGUCUGGGGAGCUGCACAUUGAAAGACUGUACCUCUUCUGUCUGAUCUGGACAUUUGGAGGACUUCUGGAUAUUAGUGAUCGUAAACCUUUCAGUGACCUUUUGACCACACUGUCAACAGCUUUGCCAGAUGAUGACAGAGACAUUUCUGUGUUUGAUUAUUAUGUCGAUGAAUCAGGAGAAUGGGAUCCAUGGCAUUCAAAAAUGUCUGAAGCAUCCUCAACAGACAACCAAGAUUUCCUUGGAGAAGUUUUUGUGGAUACCAUUGACAUAAUUAGAAUUCGUCUGCUGAUGGAAUUUUCUGCUUCCUCUGGUCGAAAUGUGUUAUUGGUAGGUCCCCAUGGAUCAGGGAAAACUAGCAUAAUUAAUGAAUAUAUAAAUAGCCAAGAUCCUCAGUUGUCAGUUUGCAAACGUCUAGUGUUUUCUGGGGCUUCAACAGCAAGGCAACUUCAGGAGUUUAUAGAAUCGAACAUACAUCACAGACAAGGAUUUGUUUAUGGAGCAAAAGAAAAUAAAAAGUUGAAAGUUUUCAUCGAUGACUUAAACCUGCCACUUCCUGACAAAAGCGGGACUCAGCGAUGUAACGAGCUGUUGAGACAACUUCUGGAUGAGAAACAGUUGUUCACCACAGAGAAGCCUUUUGAGUGGCAUAAAGUGGAGGGUCUGUCUGUCAUGUCUGCUAUGGUGCUCAAUAAUUUUCCUUCUGCUCAAAACAGAUCUGUUUCACAGCGCCUUUUGCGACACUUCUCUGUGUUCUAUGUACCAGUUCCACAAGGAGACUCUCUGAAAUCAAUAGUGGAUGGAAUUUUGAAGGGCAACAUGACCAAAGGAAAUGGUGCAGAAUUAGAGCAUGACCUUCACAACAUUCUUGUGUCUGCUUCCUGUGAAAUGUUGACCUCGUUACAAAAUGUCCUUCAUCAAAGUCCUAUGGAAGGACGCUACCACUAUUUGUUUACUUUGAAAGAUAUCACAAAAUGCUUUCAGUGUCUUAGAAGAUUAGCAGAAGAAAGUAAAGCAGACGACAUUAUGGUUGUCUCCCUUUGGCGCCAUGAGCUUGUUAGAAUAGUCAGAGAUGGCAUCAGCAGAAUGGCUGACCUACAUUGGCUAGAUGAGAAAAUUACAGCAGUUUUGAAUGAGACGUGGAAGAAAGACCUCACAAGUCUCCAUGAGAACUUUGUCACUUUUCCAGUUGACACUCGAGUUUACCAGAGACCUUUGACCUCUGUAGCAGGGACCAAUCAAGUUAAAGUAUCUCUUCAACCAGUGGUCAAGUGGAGUGACCUACACAGCUGUAUCAACACACACCUGACCAGGUACAAUGAUGAGUUUGGAAACAUUCGACUCAACACAAUGUUAUCCGACUUGGUUAUCUCCCAUGUUGUUAGAAUACACCGGGUCCUCAGCUUCCAUCAUGGGGGUAACAUGCUGCUCAUUGGUGCAAUAGGCUCUAAGCUAUCUACACUGUGUCGCUUGGCUCUCCAUGUUGCUGAUAUUCCCAUACACAAAAUCGAUACGUCCAAACAGAGCAACUUUUUUGAUGGUCUAAGAUCUGCUAUAAGGCUAAGUGGCUCGGAGGGCAAGGUCAUAGGCCUUUUAUUCACAGCAAGAGAUCUGGAAGAUCCUAUCUACAUGGAUGCCAUCAAUAGCCUUCUGGUAAGUGGAGAGUACCCACAUCUCUUCUCCAAUGAUGAAAUGGAAGGACUUCUGCUGGCUAUCCAACCAGCCAUGAAAAGGGAGACAAGUAGUUCAUCUGUUGACCCCAUGAAAUUUUUUGUCUCCAAAGUCAAGUGCAACCUUCACCUUCUCAUCUGUCUGCAUCCAGGCCAUGACCUACUCAGGACUGCUGCCAAGAACUAUCCAGGACUGCUGACUGGUUGUCAAGUCAACUGGUUGUGUGACUGGCCUCAAGAGACUUUGCUGAAUGAAGCUUCAUAUUUCAUUAGCAAAUAUCAGCUGACUGAGGACUUUGAAGAUCUCAGAGAGAGCAUCACCACAAGUCUUGCUAACAUUCAUAGUUUUGUGUUGAGAGACUGCAAGCAGAUCCCUUGGGCUGGUGAUGUGAAUGCAACUGUCAACAUGACCUCCUUCAAAGUGAAUGAGAAGAAGAAAGACCAGCUCAAGUUCAGCUUAGCCACUGUGCCAAAUCUUCCUUACUCUAAGGUCAUCUUGCAUGAAAGAAUCAGAUUCAACCACAGAGACAGAAGUAAAUCAAAGAAUGAAGUCUAUGUUGGACCUACAACUUAUAGAAAGUUUAUGGAAACGUUCAAGUAUCUUUAUCUCUGGAAGUCAGGGGAGAGAACCAAAGCAGUUGAGCAGCUUAAGAAAGUUAUCUCCACUUUGGACAAAACAAGACUCGAUGCUAAGGUGAUGAAGAAAGGAAUCAAAACUCUGAAUGAGAAAUUUGAAGGUGCACAGACCAACACUGCAGAGCUGCUGAACAAACUGACUGCCAAGGUUACAGCACUGGAGAAACUGAAGGCCAAGAUUGGUCUGAGCAAGUCUCUGGAUGCCUACCUCCAGUUGAAUGAGAUGGAUGUAGGUGAGGUUGAGGAAGAGGACUUCUUUAAAGAAGAAGAGUAUGAUGCCUAUGAUGCUGAGUUUGAUCGGAUGAGGGAAGCCAAUUUAAAAACUCGACAAGUUCAGGCCAAAGAUGAACUAGAGACACAAAAAUCUCAAGUGGAACAAUGCAGAGCUAACCUGGCAUAUGCUAAACAACAGGUCAUCUUUUGGAGGAACAAAGUGGACCGUGGGGUCAUCGAGCAUGUCCGAGCAUUCUCCAACCCUCCCCUUCUUGUUGGUCAGAUCAUUGAAAUGGUGAUGGUGCUGAUUGGCAAACGUCUGCCAUCCCAAAGGCUUGUUGAAGUGAAAGAUGGCACAAGUAAGAUGGAGAUGUCCUCCAGGAUGUCAACUAGUUCCAGUGGUACUAAGACUCUGGUUAAGAAAACACCCAAAAGUAAAGAACCUGGGGAUAAAUUUGACAAGACACAAUGGAAGAGUAUGCAGCAGACGAUGUCAGAUUCUGUCAAGUUUGUGGACAUGUUGCACAAUCUGUCCUGGGAAGAUGGCUUACCAAGUGACGUGUUGGCAGCUGUGGAGAGUUAUUUGGCCUGCAGUAAAGAAGGACAACUGGGUGUAACAGGGGAAGGAAGUCUCUUGGAGAAUGCUCAAGAGAAACAAUUCCAGGCUGUCAAACAGCGGUCACCUUCCCCAGGGGCCAGGACAGGCCUGACCAUAGCUGGUGCCAAAUAUGCUAGUGAGGACUGUGCUACUCUGGUCCACUACACCAUAGCCAUUGUGGAAUACUCUCGCCUGUGUGGCCCUCUUAAGUCCUCCAUUGAACGGAUGCAUGAGCUGGAGAGAGAAAUAGAGGAAAAUGAAAGACAGCAGAAGUUACAGGAACAGGAAAAGAAUCCAAUCUUUAAAGUCAAGGCUAAAGAAGCUGAGAAACCUCAGGAACAGGAAGAAGAUGAGGAAGAAGAAUUGUCUGAGGCUGACCUUCCCAGAAUGCAGAGUGAACUGAGUGAACUGCAGGCUUUAUUUGACAGAGCUGUAGUUGAGAAACAUUCUCUAGAGAUGGAGUUGCAGUCUAUGAAUGAACGUCUCAAGUCUGCUGUUGAUUUUAUAGAAAGUCUCAAGUCUCAAGAAAGCAAAUGGAGGCAGGAAGUCCAAGACAAUGACGGCAAUGAACUUAUGCUAGCCAAUUGUAUUACAGCUGCUGCGACCUUGACCUACUGUGGACCAGUAAAUAUUGACACAAGGCGCAGGAUGGGAGAGUUCUUCAUGCAAGUUUGUGAACACCAUGGGGUGCCUCUUCAUAAGCAAAUGUUGUUUAGAAACAUUGAGUUAGUGGACUUCCUCUAUACACCUCUGGACAAUAUCGCCUUACAAAGACUGCAGCUACCAACUACAAGGCUUAUGUUGGAAAACGCAUGCUUCCUGAUUCAAGAUGCCAGCAUGACCGCUUGGCCCCUUAUCUGUGACCCAACAUCAAGAGCCAUUGAUUGGUUGAGGCUUUAUUUCACCGGAAAACAGUUUGUGGAAGUUAAAUAUCAUGAAGUCAGAUCUCAACUAGAAAAUUGUUUGGCAGAUGGCACUCCAUUACUGGUGACAGACUGUGAUUUACAAUCCUUAGUAAAAGACAAAAGAUUCAUUAAUACAAUACAGACCUGCAGCAGUUUUAUCAAUGGCAAGUCAAGGUUCAAAGUCAUUGUGACAGAUCAUGAGGUAGAAUGUGACCCCAAAUUCAGAAUGUUCCUUCAUACAACGAGUGAGCCCCACGUGUGCCCAUCAGAACUAGCUGCCUGCACUAGUGUCACAUUCUUUCAACAGUCUCGGGCGGACGUUGAGGAGGAGCUUCUGGACAUCUUCAUGGCUCAAGAGAAAUCUCGACUAAACAAUGAGCUGACAACUCUGAGACAGGAGAAACAAGAAAAUAUGGAGAUGUCUGAGAAGAUAGAGUGCCAAAUGAAAGACCAGCUCUCUAGUGACGUAAGAUUAAUGAAUGAUCUCCUGGCAACUAAAAAACUGUCAGAACUAAGAAAGCAAUUUGAAGAAACACAAGAAAGUCAAUCUCGUGUGCUGACUGCUGAAGAUUCUAUUUAUAAAGCCAGAGAAAGUUAUCGACAGAUUGCUCAGAGAGCAGCAGUUUGUUUCGACACAACCCAAUAUCUGAGAGAAAUCAACGGAUUGUAUCAGAGCUCAUUCAAACAGUUUGUAACUGUAUAUCAGACAGCUAUCGCUCACUCGGAAAGGUCCUCCAUGAAGGCAGUAAUAGACAGACUGACUUACAGCUCCUUCUUAACAGCAGCCAGAGGACUUUUGGAGAGAGACAGAGUUGUCUUUGCACUCUUGUUGGCUAUUGAGGUGGAAGACUCUCUUGGCAAUGUUGGUCCAGGUGAGAGAGAGUUUGUUAUCUCCCCUAACUUCAGCUCUGUGGUCAUGUCAGCCAUGGGCAGCAACAACACGGACUCUCAUAUAAUGCAAGUGAAGAAAUCCUUUGAUUGGAUGACAGAUGACCAGUUCCACAACCUUCAGAUCCUGGCCACCCACUUUGAUUGGUUCAGAGACAUGUUUGACAGAAUGCCAAAAGAUGGAAGAGAAACUCAAUGGAGAAAUCUUUGUGAGAGUGAUCUCCCUGAGAAUGUUCCUCUGCCUGAUAGGAUGGAUGAUGUUCUAAAAGCUAUCCACAGACUUUGUAUAGUCAGAGCAGUUAGAAAUGACCGACUGCUUCAAGCUAGCUCCAAUUUUGUCAGCACUGUAUUGGGCAAAAAAUAUAUAACUGAUAUAUCAUUAGACCUGCCAACUGUCCUUAGACAAAGUAGUUUCACAUUGCCAAUUUUAUUGCUGUUCCGCACUGAGGCAGAAUUGACUUUGAGAGUGUUUCAAGAGUUUGCUGUGAAGAAACAGACCAAGUUCUUGACGAUUGUGUUGACGGAUAACUUGUCAGAUGAAAGAUCUGUCAAAAAACAAAUACACAGAGGCAUGACAGAGGGCCUCUGGGUGUUACUUCACAAUGCACACAACAGUCCACGUCUGCUGAACUCUCUAGAGUCUAUACUGAAUGAAGGAACUGAUCCAAGUGAUUCCAAUUUUAGACUCUGGGUUUCCUCCCAUGUGGAUACCAACAACAUUCCUGUCAGAUUUUUACAGAACUCUCUCCGAUUGUUUGUUGACAGUCCCAAGGUAAUGAAAGAUUGCCUGUCUCGCAGCUUGACAUGGAUGGAGCCUGAUAUUUUAAGACAAUCCAACAGGCCAGAUUGGCCUGCCAUGCUGCACAACCUUUGUUAUCUCCAUGCCGCUGUUCAUCUUAGAACUAGAUUUGGAGGCGGAGGCUGGAACUUGCCUCAUGAGUUUUCUCAAAUCGGUUUCCGUGAACUUCAAGAGGCUGUGCGCUUCACUGUGGGAGAGUUCAAAGAUCUUUUAUUUGUGAUGGCUGCUGAUGGAACAAUGGUUCCAAGGACAACAUCCUGGACUGGAAUUAGAUUCAUGCUUUCUGAGAUUGUCUAUGGCACACACACAACAGAUGUCUAUGACCAGCAAGCACUGAGUGCUAUCGUCGAGUACUGGUGCACCCCAAAUGCUGUCAAGAAAGACUUUGAAGUAGCAAGAUUAAAGUAUCGGGCCCCAGCAGCAUUCUUCAAUACCAAUGUUAGACUCAACACUUUGAUUCAAUCGAUUGAUUCAAUCAGUCAGUACUUCCUUGAAGUGCCAGAAGCUUGCCAUCUCCAUCCUAAUAUAGAGCUUUCAUGGACGCACACUGGGAAUCUGACUCUGCUUGGAGAUGACCAGUAUGUCUUCACCAGGCUCAAUAAAAUCUUUGACGCCAUGCCUGUCUCACCAACUCUGUCUCAUAAACUGUUUCCCAGACCGCCGACACCAUUUGCAGCUCGUGCCUCCACAAAAUUCAAUGAAAUUGAGGAAGAAUUUGUCCCUAACUCAGGUCCACCCAUCGCUGGUAUUAGCAGUCAAAGCAAUAAUCCUCUGGUUGUCGACCAAGGUGUUUUCAGCACCGCUAGUUACGCCACUUACAAGACGAGGAAGGACAUGGAACUAUGGGAAGUUUGCCACACUUUGUUGCAAAAAGUGCCAAAAGCCUAUAAUAAGGAAUACAUUCUGGAGAAAGUGAAAAAAGUUGGCGGGUUUACAGCUUUUAACAACUUCAUCAUGAAAGAGUUAGAGACCAUGUACAAGUUACUGAAUGAUAUAAGAACUUGUCUGCAAGCCAUCAAAAAUGCCACAGAAAGUGAAACAUUGGGAGAUCAAGUUUCCCAACAUAUUUUGGAAGUGGCAGACGACAUUUACCAUCUUCGUAUCCCAGAAGCCUGGUGCAAGAUGUCAGGUUAUUCUGCACCACCUUUGACCUUUGGAAUUGCCCAGUGGCUGGUGGAACUACAAAACAGAUGUUAUCACUUUGAAAAAAUUUUGUCUCUGGGUCGUGAUAAGAUGCCAUCUUACUGGCUCGGAGCUUUCUUCAAUCCCAGAGGUCUCCUGUCUCUUGUUAAACAAGACAGUAUUCGUAGUUAUGCUAAUGAAAGACAAGGUAACUUUGAACUGUUGACUUUACAAACCGAGAUCACUUCCAGAGACAAAGACCAUUUACGAGAUCCACCUCAAGAUGGAAUAUUUGUCUGGGGAAUCUACCUCUGGGGAUGUGGAUGGGAUAAAACUACCGGAGAACUUCAGGAUCUUCCUCCACGCUCAGGCUGCGCAUCACUUCCUGUUGUUCAUGUGACAUGUUGGCCAGUAAAUGAGAAACCCAUUUUGCAGGACAGUGUCCGAGCAUCUGAAACCUACCAGUGUCCAGUUUAUCACUCUCGACUUGCCCGCCAAGAAGUGGUUCUUGAAAUGGACGUGAGAAGAGAAGGAAUACCUGCCUCCCGAUGGCCUUUGAGGGGACUAACAGCCACCAUCAGACCAUAUUAAAAAGAUGGACUUCAACUUUGUUGUGAUCAGUAUUGAAACAAAGACAUACACGAAACAAAAACAUGUAUUUCAAUGUAAUUUCUUGGUGUGAUAUUGUAUUUCUAAUUUUUAAUGUGAAAUUAUUAAUAAAUUAUUUAUUCCAAUAUAAUAAGCAAUGUAUUUGAGAUGUUACUUUACAAAAUUUUGUUUUAAAAUUCUACAAUCUACAAUAUAUGUCCCCACCACAUGAAGUAUUAAGAGAGAUGUUUAAGAAGGUAAUCUGCGUAAUACAGUUGUGUAUCUGUUAUUAGGGUUCACCUUGUUUGGUGCAAAGAUUUUUCUUGGUGAAAAAGUUCACCCCCCCCCCUUUUUUUUUUUCAACAUAGUACUUCAUUAAAGCCAAUCAAGUGUUGCAUAGUUUGGUUGAUGUCUACAAAACUAUAAAAUGGCUUGGAAUAGAAAUGUUGACAUAUAUUUAUACAGUAUUGCUUAGAAAAUGCAGCUUGCAACUGUGUAACAGAAAGCUGAUCUAAAUGGUUAAUGUUCCAUUUAUAUUAUGUAUUCAUAAAUCAACAAUUAAUUAUGAGGGACAAAAAAAAUCACUUCUUGUUUUGAAUUGUUUAUGACUCUGUAAUUGUAUUGGUUUAUUGAAAGGCAGCUAAAUGAGGCUUGACGAGGUGUAUGAAUGCUAACAAAAGUUUUAUCAAUUAUGUAAAAAUAUGUUGAAAUGUCUUCUGGUUUCAUGACUUAUGCAUAUUUUGUUAUUUUUUUUCAUUUGUUUCAAUGAGUUCUACAUGUUUGCAGUAUAUUUUCAUGUUUUAGUUUGAUCAAAGGGAUGUAAUCUGUAAAAUAAAACACUGAAACGAUC